GACAGUUAAAACAAAAGUCGCGGGCGCCGCAGUGCGUAAUCACACUAUCUUCACUGUAGUACAAAGACCGUCCGAUUAAAUGCCACGUCAUCGAUCCGCGUGAAUUCGUGCUUCAACGGCUGAGAUCAUUGUUUGAGAGUAACUGUAGAAACGAAGGAAAGAAGAGCGUGUUCUUCUCUAUUCUCCCAGUGCUGGAUUUUCGAUCGAUUUUUCUCGAACAUAGAAUUUCAAUUAUUUCUGAAUUUCAAGAUGAAGGUUACAGAAGAUUCGAAGGAUAAAGUUGAGGAGAAAGAGGUUAUCGUUUUGAGUGAUGAAGAUGACGAAGGAGAUGAUUCCGCGGAGGAAGUAGACGACGGUGAUGACGACGGAGACGAAGAUGAUGACGGUGAUGACGACGGAGAUGAGGACGAUGAUGAAGAGGAUGACGAUGAUGCUCCUGGCGGAGAUGACGAUGAUGAAGAUGAGGAUGACGACGAUGAAGAAGCAGGUGCCGGUGAGCGUGGUGGUGACCCUGACGACGACGACGACGAUGAUGAGAACGACGAUGAUGAUGAUGAGGAGAACGAUGAAGAGGAGGAUUUGGGAACAGACUACCUUGUGCGCCCUUUAGGCAACGCUGAAGAGGAGGAAGCAUCUAGUGAUUUUGAACCGGAAGAAAAUGGUGAGGAAGAUGAAGGUGCUGAUGAAGAUGAUGACAAUGAGAAGGCUGCUGAGGCUCCACCAAAAAGGAAGAGGUCAGAUAAAGAUGAUGAUUCAGAUGACGACGAUGGAGGAGAAGAUGAUGAGAGACCCUCAAAAAAAUAGACUUGGGUCUAUUAUAUGCUUGAGGACUUAACAAGUCAACCAUAGGUCAAUUAGAUCAAUAUCAUCUCUUUGAAAACUUUUCAGAGAUAAGAUGAGUAGGUCCAUGGAGUUGUUUCGUUCUCUCUUGUAUUAUUAUCAUGCAACAUUGUUAGGAUUUGUAGUUUCUGUCUGGUUGGUGCAUAGUCGAUUGUUGGUUGAAACUUCUGCCAGGACAACUUUUACAGACUCAAAUUUUAUCUUAGUAAUUUGUAGGUCAGUUGAACUCAUGCAUAAUAUUUCUGACACCCUGAAAUUGUUGGUAGAUUUAUUCUGGUUUUACAUAUUCGUUUUCUUC